CCUGAACCCCCAAACACUCUUCAUCUCAGAUCUCAUUUUCCUCCGUGUAGAUUUAUUCAUCUGCUUUUACAUCUGUCUUCAGCACGUGUACUUUGUUUUUCUUCCACUUGAUCUGUUAUUCAUCUCCAGAAGAUUUGGUCUGUUAUCAGGCUCUCAGAAUGCCUCUGAAUGGCUCACAGUCGGUUGUGAAGGGUUCACUGGAUGGAAGUUUGGAUUUAUAUCGAACCUGGUUUGGCCCUGCGACCCAGCGUCCUCCUCUUAAAAAUUACCUGCUGUUAACCAUCCUCACCUGCUUCUGUCCUGCGUAUCCCAUCAACAUCAUCGCACUGGUCUUCUCUAUAAUGUCCAGAAACAGUUAUGAGCAGGAGGAUUAUGAAGGUUCAAGGCGCUUAGGAAAGAUGGCGCUGUAUGUGUCCAUCGCCUCCAUUAUCAUUGGCAUCAUCAUCAUCACCAUUUUCUGCGCUGUGCAUUUUACCACGAUGUUUAGGCCGAUGACACGAGCAUUGUCCUGCGAUCUCAUCAUCAGAAGACGUCCUCAUGUUGAUCCGCUCAGAGGAUUCAGACGGAUUCUGUGCAGACGUCACAUGACUUCAGCAUCUCCAUCUGUACAUGAGCAGAGUCACAGUGAGGCCGAGGGCGGAGCUUCAUCUCAUGAUGUCAUUUCUGUCAGUCAGAAUUUGUUUACAACACAGAAGACAGCUUUCAUAAUAUUGUAACUGAUGAAACAGUGGCAUUUAACCCAAAUAUUGAACUCGUCAUACAGACAAAUUCUCAAUUCAAUAUAAUGCACUUUACACUCAGUAAAUAUCAUUUGUUCUUUUGGGGUAGGCUAAUAACAUUUGAGUAUGUAAAUAUUAAACAUGUUUGUGUUCUGGCUUUUGCGAAAUUCUACCAGUAUAUUAGAUAUGUGUUUAAAAAACUAAAAAGAUCUUUUUAUAUCGGCUGCUUGUGUUUGUGAAACACAUCAAUUGUAUUUGAGCUUGCAAAUGUUCUUCAUUUGUUAAUUUAUUUUACAGUUUAUGUUUGUGUUGUCAGAUGUAUCAUUCAAAGUUACAAUUCAUGUUUGAAAAAAAUAAAAAAAUA